AUGUCGAACUCACUAGAUGUGGUGUGUCGGAGGAAUGUGUUCAGCAACCCGUUUUAUACAAAAGCAAGGUGCGAAAGCAGUGUCAGCCCUACAAGAACAAUCGCUGCCGCUGCUGCAUCAGAGGAAUACAGCUGUGAGUAUGGAUCAGGCAAGUUUUACGCUCUGUGUGGCCUUGGGGGCCUCCUGAGCUGUGGGAUCACACACACAGCAGUGGUCCCCCUUGACUUGGUCAAGUGCCGAAUCCAGGUGGAUGCUGCCAAAUAUGGGGGCAUCGUCAAGGGCUUCAGGGUCACCAUUGCAGAAGAGGGUGUGCGCGGUCUGUCUAAAGGAUGGGCACCUACUUUCUUUGGCUAUUCAAUGCAAGGUGUCUGCAAGUUUGGUUUCUAUGAAGUCUUCAAAAUAUUUUAUUCAGACCUUUUGGGAGAGGAAAACAGCUAUCUCUGGAGAACUAGUCUAUAUCUGGCUGCUAGUGCCUCAGCUGAGUUUUUUGCCGAUAUUGCUCUCUGCCCCAUGGAGGCCGUAAAAGUGCGAAUCCAGACCCAGCCAGGCUGGAGUACAACCCUCAGAGAAGGAUUCCCCAGGAUCUUCAAGGAUGAAGGCCUGUCCGGCUUCUACAAGGGCCUUGUUCCCCUGUGGGCUCGCCAGAUCCCCUACACAAUGAUGAAGUUUGCUUGCUUUGAGAGGACAGUGGAAGCCCUAUACAAGUUUGUGGUUCCCAAACCACGAUCUGAGUGCACCAAGGCUGAGCAGUUGGUAGUUACAUUCGCUGCAGGUUAUAUUGCUGGUGUCUUCUGUGCCAUUGUAUCUCACCCAGCUGAUACCAUUGUGUCCAAGCUGAAUCAAAAGAAGGGAAGCAACUUUGUAGAUGUUGCAAAGUCUCUGGGACUUCUUGGCAUGUGGAAGGGACUGUUCCCCAGGAUCAUCAUGAUCGGCACCCUGACCGCCCUGCAGUGGUUCAUCUAUGAUUCUGUCAAGGUGGCAUUCCGCCUGCCCCGUCCACCACCACCAGAGAUGCCGGAGUCUCUGAAGCGCAAGCUCGGGCUCAAUUGA